UUUCUAACUGACUUUGACAGGUAAUCAAUUCCAAAGACAAGCAUUUACACUGUGGAGACUGAAGAGUUAGUUACCAAUGGCUUUGCUUUUGUUUUGUCUGCAGGAGCAUCAGUUUUAGAGCUGUGUGGAGGCUGUUACCACCUACAUUAAAGUAUUCAAGCCAGACACUAGGGACCAAUUCUCUCUUCAGGGUAGCUCGAGAUGGCAGACCAGCGGCAACGCUCGCUCUCUACCUCUGGAGAAUCACUAUACCACGUGCUGGGCUUGGACAAGAAUGCCACUUCAGAUGAUAUCAAGAAGUCAUACAGGAAACUGGCGUUGAAAUAUCAUCCUGAUAAAAACCCUGAUAACCCCGAGGCAGCAGAGAAGUUUAAAGAGAUCAAUAACGCACACGCCAUCCUGACGGAUGCCACCAAGCGGAACAUCUAUGAUAAGUAUGGGUCUCUGGGUCUCUAUGUAGCAGAGCAGUUUGGUGAAGAAAAUGUGAACACAUACUUCGUGCUGUCCAGCUGGUGGGCAAAGGCCUUGUUCGUGUUCUGCGGCCUCAUCACAGGCUGCUAUUGCUGUUGCUGUCUGUGCUGCUGCUGUAAUUGUUGCUGCGGGAAGUGUAAACCUAAACCUCCUGAAGGUGAAGAGCAGGAAUACUACGUCUCUCCAGAGGACUUGGAGGCACAGUUGCAGUCAGAUGAAAGGGAGGCCUCAGACGCACCUAUUGUGAUACAGCCAGCAUCAGCCACAGAGACAACCCAGCUCACAGCUGACUCUCACCCCAGCUACCACACCGAUGGAUUUAAUUAAGUUAAGGAAACCCUGUAAUUAGAAUGGAUUAAAAAAAAAAGAAAAUAUAUAUAUAUAUAUAUACAUGGCCAACUCAACACUAGAAUCAUGAACAUUAGAAGUAGAGAAUGGGGAGGGGGAAUAAUUCUGCCACAGUAAGAAGGCAGCUUUCCAACCUGCCGACAAGAUUUUGUAAUCCCUUCAGCCUUUUGUCACCUUUCAGUGUCGUAUCUGGAUGACACGUGGAGUGCUGUAGCAUGCAGUAUUUAAAGCAGUUUAGCUACGGUCUUACUGGUUUCCUUUCUUUCUUUCUUUUUUCCUUUUUCCCCAUUUUUUUUUUUUUAUAGCAUGUAUGGAGUUACGUUAAAUGUCUGUGGUGUAAUGUAUUGAGUUGUCACGAUAUAAGUGUGAUGGAGACAUUCUGCAUUUUAAGCAGUGGUACUGGCCUGAAAGUGAGAUUUAAGCAGAAGCCACCGCUCUUCUGUACAGCUGCGCUGUCGAAGACCUCUCAAAGCUCAUGGUUUUCAUUUGAGUGCAACAAGCCAAUUCUUUUAUUCCUCCUUCCAUUCCUGCGUUGUUCCCUAAGCACGUUUACAAAGCCAAGCACCAAAACUUGCCAGUCCUGCAGAGCUGGAGCUCACUCUAAUGCUGGUUCUCAGCUUAAAUAAACCUACCUUGAAACAUGAAAA